AUGUUUCAGAACGGGAAGCUGGUCCCACCGAAAAUGCACCAGUACCAGAACACCACGAGGCUCCUCAACCUCAAAGUCCUCCGGCGAAUCGAUCCUUUCAUCGAGGAAAUCCUCAUCACGGCAGCUCACGUCACCUUAUACGAAUUCAACGUUCAGAAAAGUGAAUGGAGUCGUAAGGACGUUGAAGGAUCUUUGUUCGUCGUCAAGAGAAAUAGACAGCAGCCUCGGUUUCAGUUUAUUGUGAUGAAUCGACGUAAUACAGAUAACCUGGUGGAAGAUCUACUUGGAGAGUUUGAGUAUGAAGUGCAAGGUCCAUAUUUGCUUUACCGUAAUGCAGCUCAAGAAGUUAAUGGCAUUUGGUUCUAUAAUCAAAGUGAAUGUGAGGAGGUUGCACGGCUCUUCGAGAGGUUACUUAUCGCAUAUUCCAAGGUUAACCAGAAGCCAAAUAAGCCAUCUUCAAGAAGGGAGUUUGAGGAAUUGGAAGCUGUGCCUACAGUGUCAGUUAUGGAUGGUCCUCUUGAACCAUCUUUAAGUGGUAGAGAUGGUGCUCCUAAUGAUCCUGCUUUUGUUAACUUCUUCAGCUCUGCGAUGUCUCUUGGCAACACUACUAGCGGGUCGGCAAGUGGACCACCAUACCAGACAUUAGUAGAUACUCGACAACCUCACCAACCCACCAUUUCCCCUGCGGCAGCUGCACCUCCACAGAUACUAUCACCACCGCCUCUACCAUCCUCCUCUCCUCUAAUGCCUCUUUUUGACAACAAUCGUAAUCGUAUCAGUAGCAACAAGUCCAACGUUCACACAGAUUUGGUGACGCCGUCCUCUUUCUUCAGCCCCCCACGGAUGAUGGCACAACCACACUUCAUUCCUGGUUCAUCUAUGCCAUCUGCUCCUCCUCUGAACCUUAAUAAUACGACUUAUUACCAGCAGGGCCCACAUGGCACUCCGAUGCUCCAGCCUUUCCCACCACCAUCACUCGCUCCUGCACACAAUGGCUCAUUUAUCAACAGAGACAAAGUCAAAGAAGCCCUGUUAGCUCUGGUUCAGGAGAAUGAAUUCAUCGACAUGGUGACCCGAGCUUUACAAAAUGCACAUCAACCAUGAAGCUGAGCGGACUCGGCGUGGGGGUUAGAUGUAGAAUGCAUAGUUAAAACGUAGUUUUGUUCUCUAUGAUAACCUUUUGAACAAAGUGUUGAUGGAACCUUCUUCUAAUCAACAUUAAGAAACAAUCUUGUCGAUAUUGAAUGAAACACCAAACAUAGCAAAGAAAGAACGCUUCGUACUGAGUAAUAAUAUUACACACAAGAGAGGGACAAUGAGAAAGAUAUAUUACAAAUGAAACUAGAGAAAUGGUUUAUCUCUCGAAGUAAUCUUCGGUCCUGCCUUUGAAUCCAAUUUGUCCGAAGGUGAGACAGAUGAAGAGACCUAAGUGCCACGUAACCAACCACAACCAGAACUGUGAAGUGAGAGCUGGAGGAGUUGGGAAGUGAGCGAGCUCAUUUCCUAUGCUCUCGAAGAAGAGACCCGUCAAGCUCUUCCCAUUUAUCGCCGGAAUACUCGACGGAGCUAGCCACCCGAUCAGCCCAAACCCCACCACGUUUAGGUCUCUCCUCAACCAGUUCCUCUCAAAGCUUUUUUUUUUUUUCAUUUGUCACACAAAUAAAACUAUUUAUUAGAGAAAUAGCCUAAAGAUACCUUAUAAAACAAGUUAGGACUCAAUAAA